GUUGGUGGAGGGAAAGGUUGAGAACAGGCGCUUUGGGGAGGGCGGGGUGGCCGCGAGAGCGAGCUCGCGCCGGCUGUUGGAGGCGGGACGGCACGAGCAGGUCGAAGCGUAGUAGGCCGUAGCUCUCUCUCUCUCUCUCCCCCGCCUUAGCGAAGCCCUGAUGUGAGCUGGUGCCGGAUCGCCGGGCCCAGAAGGCGGAGGAACAGCACGAUGAAGAAGGACGUGAGGAUCCUGCUGGUGGGAGAACCCAGAGUUGGGAAGACAUCACUUAUCAUGUCUCUUGUCAGUGAAGAAUUCCCUGAAGAGGUUCCUCCACGAGCUGAAGAAAUCACUAUCCCGGCUGAUGUUACCCCAGAAAGAGUGCCAACCCAUAUAGUGGAUUAUUCAGAAUCUCAGCAAAGCGACGAACAGCUCCAUCAUGAAAUAUCUCAAGCAAAUGUAAUUUGCAUAGUAUAUGCAGUUAACAACAAGAAUUCAAUCGAUAAGGUAACAAGCCGGUGGAUCCCUCUCAUCAAUGAAAGAACAGACAAAGACAGCAGGCUUCCGCUUAUAUUGGUUGGAAACAAGUCAGACCUGGUUGAGUACAGUAGCAUGGAAACCAUCCUUCCCAUCAUGAACCAGUACACGGAGAUUGAAACUUGUGUAGAGUGCUCAGCAAAGAAUUUGAAGAAUAUAUCUGAAUUGUUUUAUUAUGCACAGAAAGCAGUUUUACACCCUACAGGGCCCCUCUAUUGUCCAGAGGAAAAAGAGAUGAAACCUGCCUGUAUAAAAGCCUUAACUCGGAUCUUCCGAAUUUCUGAUCAAGAUAAUGAUGGCACCCUGAAUGAUGCAGAACUCAACUUCUUUCAGAGAAUUUGCUUUAACACACCACUGGCAUCUCAAGCAUUGGAAGAUGUAAAGAAUGUAGUAAGGAAAAAUCUAAGCGAUGGAGUCGUAGACAAUGGAUUAACGCUGAAGGGCUUUCUUUUUCUUCAUACACUCUUCAUCCAGCGAGGGAGGCACGAAACAACUUGGACAGUAUUGCGGCGUUUUGGCUAUGAUGAUGACCUAGAGCUCACACCAGAGUAUUUAUUUCCCCUGUUAAAAAUACCUUCUGACUGCACAACAGAGUUAAACCAUCAUGCAUACUUGUUUCUUCAAAGCAUGUUUGAUAAGCAUGAUUUGGACCGAGACUGUGCUUUGUCUCCUGAAGAACUCAAGGAUUUGUUCAAAAUCUUCCCUUACAUGCCAUGGGGACCAGAUGUCAACAGCACUGUUUGUACAAAUGAAAGGGGUUGGAUAACGUAUCAGGGAUUUCUUUCUCAGUGGACACUAACUACAUACUUGGAUGUACAGCGCUGCCUCGAGUAUCUGGGCUAUUUAGGAUAUUCGAUAUUGACUGAACAGGAAUCCCAGGCAUCAGCAAUUACAGUAACCAGAGACAAAAAGAUUGACCUUCAAAAAAGACAGACUCAGAGGAAUGUGUUCAGAUGUAAUCUCAUUGGGUUGAAAGGCUGUGGGAAAAAUGGAGUUCUCCAUGCCCUGCUUGGAAGAAAUCUCCUGAAGCAGAAACAUAUACGUCCAGAGCACAAAUCCUACUAUGCAAUUAAUACCGUUUAUGUGUAUGGGCAAGAGAAAUACUUAUUGUUACACAGUGUUUGUGAAUCUGAUUUCUUAUGUGAUGCUGAAAUCAUGUGUGAUGUAGUCUGCCUAGUAUACGAUGUCAGCAAUCCCAAAUCAUUUGAAUAUUGUGCCAGAAUAUUCAAGCAACACUUCAUGGACAGCAGGAUCCCUUGCUUGGUGAUAGCUGCCAAGUCAGACCUACACGAAGUUCGGCAGGAAUACAGCAGUUCUCCAGCUGACUUCUGCAAAAAACACAAAAUGCCUCCGCCCCAAGCCUUUACUUGUAACACCGUUGAUGCACCAAGUAAAGAUAUCUUUGUUAAACUGACAACAAUGGCCAUGUAUCCCCAUGCCCGGUUACGCUGUAUGUGCACCUGCAACAGGUGUACAUUUUGCAUCUGUCAGAACCUCCUCAACUCAGACUUGCUGCAAUCUGUAAAGAACAAACUCUUCACUGCAGUUCUUAACAGGUCUUCGUUUUCAUUUCUCUGGCUGGCACUUACACUCCUCUUGCUGCAUUCCUGUGCAUCCUUUUAAAAAAAAAUUACAUUUCUAAGUAUAUUUUCUAAUUCAUUGUGUGCUUUCAAACCAUUGGCUUGGCUUUUGCUUUUUGGCUAUUUGCAUGUGCCAUGAAUGGUAAAGACUGAUUUACUAUUUCUGCCUCUGCCUCAUCAUCUUAAGAACAAAAGAAAGAAAGCUCGUACCUCUUAUAGGGUUUUUAAAAAUGUAGUGAAAAUAUCCAAAGACGCUUUUUUGAAAGACAACUGGACUUCUUUCCUUGAAGAUGUUUAGCUCCUCAUCCAAGAAGCUUCUUCAGAUCCGGGAAAAACCAAGAAAGGCCAGUUGCUUUUGAAAAAGCACCUUUGGGACAACCAUGACCUGGAUGAUUGAGAAUCUCCAUAGACAUUUAAUGUUGAAAUCCCCAAAUGUUUGAGCCAGUUAGAGUCAAGAGUUCUAGAAUAUGUCAUGGGCAUGCUCACAAAGUAAUUAUUUGUUAUCUUUGGGGGGAGGCGUCAAGAGGGCACAUAUAAUCUUUUUCCUAUUUUUCCACAUUGAAAUAGAGCAGUACGUCAAAGGGGCAAGGUGAGUUUUCAUGAGUGACGGUAGAUUUAAAGCUGGAUCUUGCUGGUGACAGCCCAAUACCACUGUACCAACAUUAAGUCUCCUGAGUCCCCUAGAGGGCAUAAUGAGGAUCACAGCACCCAUUUAUCUUUUCUAGGCAGGCUGACCCACUUCCAAAGAAAGCAAAUAAAUAGUGGGUCAGCCAGCCACAAUUUUUAAUUUCUAUGAAUGACUUUGGUGCCUCAGCUUUUCUCCCUUAGAAAUAAAAAUGGCAGCUGAAGUCGGAUGUUUGUUGGAUAAUGCUUGCUUCCGUUUAAUUUUUAAAAAUCACAAUAAUAUUUAAAAAGUCAUGGGAAGAGAGCCUGAGAGGCCUCUGGAUAAACAUCAUCCUGCAAGGUUGGGAACAUUAGUGAGCUAUGUUGCUGGAUCAGUUCGAAAAGGGAAAUCUCCAUUGGAGAGUAGUCUGUGCAUCUGAUAUUGUCUUAUUCCAAAAUACAUUUUUGGUAAACAAAAUACAAAUUUUGGUGAGAUGAUUUAAUUUAAGGAUUUAAUUUGAGUUCAUGGAAAUGAAUCUGAUGAAUAAUUGAAAGAAUCUUACUAUAAAUAAUUGAGAGAAAGAAACAGCUAAUUACAUAAUAUUGGGAUUACACACAUAUACAUGCACACACACACACACACACACACACACGCUAUGCUGGAAAAGAGUUUUAUCCAUACUGAUUUUUCCCCAUACAAUUUGUCCUAUGUAGUUUUGUAGAGAAUUCCUCCUGUAUCAGGGCAUUCCAGUCCUUUGGCUUCUUAAUCCACAAGAGCCUUGUCCUUGUGUGUGUAAGCCUCUUUCACACCAUGUUCCUGAUCUUUCUUUGAUGUCCCCUUAAUCAUGGGAUUAGCCUUUAUUUGAUUCUUACUCUGCUGGGCUCCACAUUAGGUAUAUUUUCCUGGCAAGUGAGUAGGAGGCAAUAAGGCUAUUCUAUCUAUAUUUGCAAAUAGCAUAUGUAAGCCGAUGUGUACCCAUUCUUCAUAGGGGGCAGGUUUUGGCAAAAAAGGAUCUGUGUGUACGUUCCUGUUAAUUCAAUAGGUAAAGGCUGCAAAUGCAGAGACAUUUUUUUUUUAAAAAAAGCAUUGUCUAAAGACAAUUUCAGCACUGAUUAGCCAGUAAUUAAAAUGUAUUACUUUAUGGUUGGUACUAUCAGAUAAGAUGCCAACAUAUUUUCAUUUUAAGCGAAUGAAAGAUAAAAUCUAAGAUAGAAUCAUUCCAAUGCAACUUAUUAUACUGGGGGGAGGGUGACACUGAUUUUGACAUUUGAUGCCAGAUCUCUUAAUAUAUAGAAUUCUCCAGUGCAGGAAUUCAGGAGUUCUGUUGCAAAUUUGUGACAAUGGGAUAAGAAUUCAACAAUAUACCAAACAAAUAGCUGUCUUGCUUCUACGUGUUCUUUUUUUUUUUUUUUGUCUCUAGUAACCGUGCAAACUUAAUAGUUCCUCUCUGCUAAUUUUUUGAAUCAAUAUGGAAUUGGUUUAUAUCUUGUCAAUUUAUGCGUUUGAGCCCAGUGACUAAUGUUGAAAUAAUAGAUGGCUAAAAAUUAAUGCGAUGAAAAGAGAGGCAGCAAAUACACUUUUUGCUCAUGGAGCCAACUCAAACAAGGUUUUCUACUCAAUUGUGUGUGUGUGUAUUAUGCUUUAGCCCCCCUCCCCCCUAUCAUUAUCUCUUUAGAUAAAUUGCAUUCCCAGCAGUCUUGUCACACAUUAAUUUUGAAAAAUAGUUCUGAAAUAAAGAACUUCAUUUAUGAAAGGGUAUUUAUUGGCCCAUAGAUAAUUUUAAUUUAUUUUGUAUGCUUCAUAUAUAAAUAUCUGAAGGUGAAUCCCCAAAGUGUGAAGAGAUUAACAGAAUUAGGACAUGCUGAGCUAUGCCUGAGGCAAAUAUGAAAGGGCUGGUCUUCUGGGGUUCCCUUUCCUCUGCAUGUUAGAGAAGAAGAGCUUAGAAAUGCUCAUUUCUGCUUUGAUUGACCAUGCAGGCUGACAAACUGAGUUUAAUUGCAAACAAAGAAAUAUUAAGUUGUGGCUUGCUUUUUUUUUUUUAAAUGGGCUUGUUCAAAAUGGGUCAUUGUUUAUUUUAAUCACAGUUUUGGAGUUCUGACAGUUUGGUAAAUUACAGUUAAAUUACGAGUGGAGGGCAACCUUUUAACAUUUUUUACUUCCUGUAAAAGGAAGGAAGAGGGAGAGAGAGAAAAAAACGAGAACAACAGCAUUUGGAAGUGGGGUAGCUUUUUAGUGUCUCUCUAAAUCACAAGUAUGUGAAUUUCCUUUUGAGCUUGAAACAAUUACUUCCCAGCUAAUAGCAACCCUGAACAUAAUUAAUUGAUAGGGCAUGCAUAGGCAUUUUUACUUUAGUCUGUGUGCCUGAUUUUAAAAAGUAGUUAGGAUCCUCCUUCUACGCUUCCAGGAUGGGAUGUAAUAUUGGAGAGAAAUACCUGUGCUUCUUUAGUAAUGGGAGGCGAGAACUUUGUUAGCCCCUAGCUAUCUCUCCCUAGCCAGAUCCCAGAUGGUUUUUUGUGAGGAAUUGCCUAGUUUUGGAAUGGUCAAACGCUCCAAUCAAAGUGCCCCUUUCCCAAAGGCUUUUGUAUGAAACAGGUGCUGUGCAGGAAUUUGCUAGCAUAACAUUCUGCUCGCCACUAUCCAGCAUUGUGUUAGACCUGGUCUUCAAAAGUGCAUGUCUACAAAAAUAUAAUUCAAAAACAAAACAAACUAGAAGAAGAAUAAUUCUGGGAAAAAGGGGGUUUCUCUCACGUGGGAUAGAAAAAGGAGAAACUUUGGUGAAAGAUUGAUAUCUCCUUGGGACCUGUCACUAAUUUCCAUGCUACUUUAUUAACCUGCAUCUUACAGCCAAAACUUUCUGAUUAAAAAUGGAUAUUGAAACUGAUUGUAAGCCAUAUUGAUGUGUAACUUCCUGUUCUGAGCCAUGCUGUGAACUGCCAUCUGUGUGCAUGUGUGCAAAAAGGUUGAGAGCCCACAUAGAUGAGCUGGGUGCCUUGCUGUUGUCAGAUGAGGAGAGCAGCAUUGUUCACCAAGUACAUGCCGUCAGCUCGGUAGAGGAUUCCAUCUUCAUGGAGUCAUCCCUUGGUCCACAGCUAUUGGA